AUGACGCAUGAAACUACGGUCGAUGAUAUCCUCAAUCUCAGCGAUUCCGCGCUUGUCCAGUUUUUGCAGAAGGCGCGCAACCCGAUGGGCAAUUUCGACGGGUUAAAAAUCCAGGGAUGGGAGAAUGCGUCGCCAGCCAAGAAAGAGCUACUCGGCGAGAAACUGAGGACUGCCGUGAAACAAGUAACGGCCGCGCCUCUCGACAUUGAGGAGCUCGCUGCACGCUUAACCGCGGCCGCUGCUGCGAUGGAUACGCCGUCGCGGCCCUCCCGCGGAAGGUCGCUAACCCUCUCGCCUGAACCCCGGAUCAUCGAAGAUUUCGAGUCUGCCUGUUACCACGAGCUCAUCGAGGACGGUGGUCGGCCACCUUUCCCGCUCAGCCGGCUUGAAGAGGUGCUGAAUGACCCCGAAUCACACCAUGAGUUGCUGCGGCCGUGGGUGCAAGAUCUGCGCUCGAGGAGUCGGGACGACGGACAAGCCAUCUCGAGAGAGCGGGACCGCUGGCUGGACUUUCGCAAAUGGCAGCUCGAUAACAGAGGGAUUGCGGCCGACGAAGGGUUCCCUGAAUACCUCGAAGCAAAACGACGAGACUAUAAGGCGAUGAAAGCCUCCGAAUUGACGGACGACCCCGAAUUCGAGGAUACCAUGCGCCGCCGAUGGGAAAGGGAAAGAGGCAACUGCCAACAGCAGCAAGACAGGAAUGAUCGCGGCGUUGAAAUCUUUUCAGCCUAUGCCGAGGUAGCGAAGCGUCGCCUUGCCGACCAUGGAUUCACCCAGCCUCUGCAGCUCGAAGAAGACCCAAAGCGACAGGAUCAGUGGACAACCUGGGUUGAGUACCUCGAGUUUGAGUACUGGUGGCUUGACAGGCUCACCAGUUCUGUCAAAAGCCUACAGUCGCAACAUGAUAUGGCGUGCAAGACGCUUACGGCAGCCAAGGUGCUGAAGGGAACUGAGAGAGAAGAGGAUCUGGUCACAACCGAAGCAGAGCAACGGCGGAAGACUGAGGCUAACGAGGCUACGCUAGCGUUGUGCUUGGCGGAAGAAGCAUCCACCUUGGUGCAACAGGCAACGAACACUCGAAAACGCUACAAAGCAUCUCGCGGGGCCCAGAAGCUGGGUGCCGCGAAGGAGCUAAUCGAUGUUACUAGGAGGAAUGAGGCUAUCGGCGAGUUUAUGCGAAAGACGGAGAAGUACCGGGCGGUACAGGCAAGUGAACAACGUCAGCUGUACAAGGUGCAAUGGGUCCUACAGCAGGUGAGCGAGAUUAAGGCAGCACAGAUUCUACCGCCGAGAGAGGAGAAGCCAAAGUUGACGGAAGGCGGAAAGAGGAUGCGACAGGGAGACGACGGUGCCCUACCAAGAUCAAAUGUCAAGAGACGGAAGGAGAAGCAUGGUGAAGAAGACACGGCUGGCGCAUUGCUAGGCUCCGAGGCUGCACCCGUCACGAAGCAGCGGUCGGCACGAAUCCGCGGAACCAGCACAGCUGAUGCCGUACCAAUCCCAGCUCGCACGUCCGCGACUUCUCGACAACGGCAAUCUCGGCGAACUGCUGCAGCACCCUCUAGGGAGAGGCUGAAAAGUUUGCGACCCAGGGAUGCGGGAGGAAGAGUGAAGCCGCUCGGGCGGCCAGAGUCUACAUAAAUGGCUAAAGGUUCAUCCCCGGCAACGUCUUCGAGAUCUCGCACAAAGGCUUUUCAAAUAUAAGCUCCCUGGAAUAUCAUGAGAUGCCGGCGAGUGAUCAUGUAGCAAAAGCGAACAAUGUCUGCUUGUCAACUCGAGCACAGACGGACG